AUGCAAGCAGCAUUAGAUGGUGGCUGUGGACUCUUGCUACAAGUGUGCUGGCUUGAAGUGACGGGGAAGGUGCGGGUUGAUCCUCGCAAAAGUUACAAUGUAAAGUUCGAAGUAUCGAUGAGACCUGACGCAUUCGGGUGGAAUGGCAGCCCUUUGUUUUUGAUGGCAAAAAUGGGUGCAAGCGGAAAGUAUGUGUGGAGUAAAGUGAACUUGCAGGAGCAGCAGAAGAGCGCGAACGAGAGAUUUCAGAUUCCCCAAGGAGGCCUGGAUGUAGAUCCACCAGACAAUGCGGCAUCUGGAAUCACAGACCUUUUCUUUGGUAUGUACGAAGUUUGGACAGGAAAGUGGAAAGGAGGACUGCGAAUCCAUCAUGCCUUUGUUCAAGAAGAAGCAAAAAAAUAG